GGAGCAUAACGCGUCAGCAGCCAUUCUCUGACACCGUGCAGAGAACCAUCUAUGCCACCCCGUGUCGCCUCUGCCUAAAAAUGAAAGCAGAAUUCAAACUCGUUUUGUUUCUAUGCAAUCUCUUCGCGUGGAGUGUCGCGCAAAUCGACUUUUCCGACGACAACGUCGAAGAGGAUCUAAGGUACGUGGGUUUCGACCAGGUGCAGUCGCUCAGGCAACUCGUGUACGGUAACGGAAAGAAUCGUCGAGACACGGACGAUGACUUCGACGACUGGAAAGGCCGGUGGAUGCCUGACAAACCAGGUGAUCCAACUCCGCCGCCCAAGGUAUUUCCAAAAAUGGAGGAAGAUCUCGUUCGUGGACUCUUGGAGCCUAUUUACGGAGUGCCCAUGGGACACCCGUCGCCAAAUUGCGACGAUGCUAAGACUAACUUAACGAUCGAUUGGGAUGGCUCUCCAACCAAUUAUACAUGUUACGGGAAAAAGCUAAUGCCAAACAUAGAAACGAUACCCCUGAAGUACUGCGAGCAGAUUCCAAAGAGUUACGUCGCUACGCAUAAGUGCAUGCAGGAAAGGAUAGAGUACGACGAUGACAUUCCCCUGUUUGGACCGCAUAGACCUUUAUGGCCUGUCUACGGAGAAUACAAAUUUCUGCCCAAGCAGAGGUGGAUUCAUAGCCUCGAGCAUGGUGCGAUCGUCGCAUUGUAUCAUCCGUGCGCCAAUCCGUUGGAGGUGAAGCACUUGACGAGCCUAGUCACUAGCUGUCUACGACGGCACGUCAUCAGUCCCUAUGAUAUGUUGAGCGAGGACCGCCCAUUGGCACUGGUCUCUUGGGGAUGCCGACUGACAAUGUCAUACGUCAAUCAUAAGGUGGUAACCGCGUUCAUUCGCGAGCACGCUCUUCGUGGACCAGAGGCGAUAGCCAGGGAUGGCGACUUCGACGAAGCUCUUCUCCGCCCGGCCAAGCUUGUGUCUGACUUUGAAGAUACGACCCUCUGUCCUGCUAAUUCCGCGUAACGUUCGUACUCUAAAACACAACGGCUUGGAACCAUGAAUUUACUACUACCUAGCGCUUGUAUGCGCAUUAUCUGUAUGUACAUAAUGUAACGCGGUCCUUUGUGCGUUCUACCUACGAGUAAUUUAUUUAUUUGAACGCCGUGAUCGUUCAAUGUUGCGCUUCUCGUGAUGAUGUCCCUAUCUUUUUUUUUUUUGUAUUUUUUAUUACACCAUAAGUCAAUAAGAAAAAUAUAAAUAAAAGAAUCGAAAAGCCAUGAUUCGCUUGUGCGAGAA